AUGGCUACCGUCACUGAGGAGCAGGCGCUCCAGAUCUACGACAACGCCAUCCACUUCGACGGGCUCAACAUCUGCAACUUUGGCGAGGAGAUCUUUCAGGCCUGGCACGAUGGGGGGAUCGACGGCGUCAGCGUCACCUGCGGGCUAUGGGAGAACUUCCGGGACUCGAUCUUCAACAUCGUUCAGUGGAAGAAGUGGUUCGACGAGUAUCCGCACCUCAUCAUGCAGGCCCGCACCGUCAAGGACCUCCGGCUCGCGAAAGAGAAGGGCGUCACUGGCGUAAUUCUUAGCUGGCAGAAUACCGCCGGCAUCGAGGAUCGCUACGACUUCCUCCGCAUCUUCAGCGACCUCGGCGUCCGCAUCAUGCAGCUCACGUACGCGAAGCUCCCCAUCCUCGCCUACAACACCCAGAACUACUCCGGAGCAGGUUACACCGAGCUCAACGACUCGGGCUUGACAGGCUUCGGGCGCGAAGUCGUGACCGAGAUGGCGCGGGUCGGGAUCGCAUGCGAUUUGAGUCAUGUCGGGCCCAAGACCAGCGCGGACGUUAUCGAGUUCGCCCCCGAGGGCAAGCCGCCAUGCUUCUCGCAUAUCUUGCCGUGCGGUCUGAAGGAGCAUCCGAGGAACAAGAGCGAUGAGUUAAUCAAGGCCAUCGGCGCGAAGGGCGGUUUCGUGGGCUUGUCGCAGUUCGGACCGCAUAUGAAGAAGGGCAACGAUUCGACGGUGGAUGACUACGUUGAGGCGUUGGACUACGUGAUUGGCUUGAUCGGAGAGGAUCUUGUCGGUAUUGGAAGCGACGCAAGCGAAGGCCACGGGCGGCCGAGCGACUUCAUGGCAUGGUGUAACAAGGAUAAGGGCUACGCGCGAAGCUUGACGGCGUGGGGGCAUGCGAAGGUCGUGAAGCCCCUCGGUCCGUUACGGGAGAGGCGAGAGCUGGUGAAGGCCAUGGCGCGCGCAGGUUGGAGCGAGACGAAGAUUCGGAAAGUUCUGGGAGAGAACUGGCUCGCGUAUUUGGAGAAGAUCUUCGGCGAGUAG